AUGAAUACUUAAAAAAAUCCCCUUAAAUUUCAUUAAAAUAGAUCAAAAUCUUUCACUUAAAAUAACUCUAAAAAUGAUAUUCAAUAACUUAAUUUAUUCAUCAAAGAAUAAUUGAAUGAAUUAAAAAGAAAAAGAAAACUUCCAUCCUUAAUUUAAUAAGAAUCAGAUUAUCUUAUGGAUGAGAUCAAUAAAAUAACCAAUAUAUACAAGAUUCCUCAUAUUAAAACUCAUUCUGCAAUUCCAAAACUCAUUACAUUUCAAAAUCAAUAAAAGAUAUCUCAUCAUAAUUUUAAACCUUCUACUUUACUCACAGAAAGAAAACAUUUUUAAGUUAAAACUUUAAUUCGGUCAUCAUAACCAACUAUUAAGAUAAAUAAUAAUAUUUUCAUAGAAAAUCAAGACUCAAUUCAUGUUUGA